CUGAGCCCUCCUCAUAUUCAAACUCCAGACUUUCACUCCAGCACACACUCUGUUCUCUCUGUGAGGAUUUAAAUCUCUGACCGAGAUGCGCUGCCCUCUGACCUGCGGACCCGCUGCACUCCACACUUCACACACGCAUGCAGGGACCUGCAACAGUGUUCCUGCACAGAGUGCAGUGGCCAUCGACAACAAAAUAGAACAGGCCAUGGAUUUGGUGAAAGGCCACCUGAUGUUUGCAGUGAGAGAGGAAGUGGAGGUUCUGAAGGAGCGGAUUAAGGAACUCUGGGAGAGGAACACUGAGCUGCAGCGGGAAAAUGUCCUGCUAAAGUCUUUGGCUAACCUUCAGCAGCUGCAUAUGCUCUCCAACCAUCUGAGCUCCCCCAGGAGCAACCCUCAGAGCCCACAGCAGGUCCAAUAUGCAGAGUGGGUACAUCAAAUACAGUGGGUACACCAAGUACAGUGGGUACAGCAGGCAGCACCAGCCUUGCAGAACAGCAGCAAUACAGUCCUGAUGCACCCCAGCCUGACAUCUGUGUGAAUUCAGUAUGACCUCCUGCAGAAAGAGCAAAAUAAACAUUAGAAAAUCUGAUGUUUUUAAAUGUUUGUGCCAUCUGACUGUGUAGAGACUUGUCAACUUUGGUUCUUCUGUUUUAUUGGACCUAAAAUGACAUAAUGCAUCAGCUGCCCUCAUGACACAGAGAGAGACAUGUGGAGACAGAUGAAAAGCUCAGUACAGUAGUGCCUCCUGUAGGUCUGUUUGCUCCUCGCACUGAAAGCAAUUAAGUGGUCAGUCUUUUUCUGGAUGUCAGAUGGAUAGAUGCAGAUGUAAAGAUGAUGGAUGGUGAAUGUUUACCUGUUUUUACAAUGUUUUUAAGAUACUAUUUCAACAUUAUUUUUUCACAACAUGAAAUAUUCCUGCCCUGUUAUUUACAUGAUAAUGUUUGUAUGUGUUUAUUACAUGGCUGCUGUUCUUUAAAAUGCAAAUAUAAAUCAUCUCUGUUCUAAAGAACUUAUCAGACUAUUCUAUUAUUACUCUGCUGAUGUUUUGUAGUGUUUAUAACACUUACCUGAAUGUACUUAAGUUAUAAAGCUUUAAUAGUGUAUAUUAAGAAGUUGAUUAAAGUGUUUAUUUAUAAAACUGAUUGUCUGAGAACUGAUUCUUUGAUUUUCUGUUCAGACUGAAACAGUGAACUCAGAAUCUCAGAUUCAGAACAUCAGAGUUGGAGGGAAAACUGUGAAAAUGUUCUUGUUAACUUUUCUUGCACAAUUUUUACACUUUAUAUAUUUUAGUUUUAGGUAAAUACUUUUGUUUAGCACCUUCCAUUUUUUUACCUCAGUGGAUUAUAAGAUUGGUGGGAAUGCUGGUGGAGGGAACAUGUGGAGUGGAACUCAAAUGUUUUUUUUUUUUUUUUUUACACUUCUACACUGUUUAAUUUAAUGUAAAAAACAGUAAAUGUAAAUAAUAAUAUGCAUAAACAGUGUCAGGGGCAGUUCAACUUAAAUGUUUAUUUUGAAACGUCAAGAGUUUUCUGUAUUGUUACAGAAAUAAAUAUGUAAAUAAACAUGUCUGGCUCUGUUUCA